UUGUUUGUUUCUUCCACGCGACGUGAAUGAAUUCGCUCUAAAAGUAUAUACUUAAAUUCCGGCAUCUCUCUUUGACAAAUAUCACCGAUCCACCAAUCGCCCAUUUUCAAUUCAACUUUCAGCAAACAAACCCUAACUAACCCCACAAUGCAACCAUCAAAAACCCUACCGGAAUCCGACCUACCACCAAUCGCCGCCAUCAAAAUCAAAUCCUCCUCCCCACGCAUCCGCCCAGCCACCAUCCCACCCCCCACCGAAACCCCAACCACCGCGGCCCAACGCCGCAUCGGCAUCGCCGUCGACCUCUCCGACGAGAGCGCCUUCGCCGUCAAAUGGGCCGUUAACCAGUACCUCCGCCCGGGAGACGCCGUCAUCCUCAUCCACGUCCGCCCUACCUCCGUCCUCUACGGCGCUGAUUGGGGCUCCGUUGACCUCGUUGACGCCGAAAACGAAGAGUCAAAAUCAAAACUCGAAGACGAUUUCGACACUUUCACCACUACUAAAUCUGCUGACCUAGCGCAGCCUCUGGUGGACGCGCACAUACCGUAUAAGAUCCAUAUUGUGAAAGAUCAUGAUAUGAAGGAGAGGCUGUGUUUGGAGGUUGAGAGGUUAGGGUUAAGUGCGGUUAUUAUGGGGAGUAGAGGGUUUGGUGCGGUCAAAAGGGGGAGUGAUGGGAGGUUAGGGAGUGUUAGUGAUUAUUGUGUCAGGCAUUGUGUGUGUCCUGUUGUGGUUGUCAGGUAUGAUGAGAAGGAGGCAGCGGUUUCGGGUGAUCCGGUUGUUGUUUCGGCUUCUGCGGGUGUGGAUGAGGAGGAUGGGGAUGAAUUUCAUGAUGCCGUUGAGGAGCGGAAAUGAAGCAUAUAUAGAUGAAUGGUCUGAGAAUAUCUUCCAUUUAAAGGUAAAACCCCUUAUCUCUUAAUUUGUCAGUCUUUUGAUGCAGCAGUAGUUCAUUUACAUGAUGAAGGAUGUCUAGAAGGCAUUGCGGUGUGCAAGGCCAAGGUGAAAUUGUUUAGUCAUUAAUUUGUGUUUGGAUUUGGAUAUGAUAUGAUAUAUGAGCUGCAGUUGUUAACUGCAUGUCAAGGUUUCCUUUGGUUGUGUCCGAAUUAGAAACUCAUGGCUAGUUUUAUGAUGAAAAGUGUUAUGUAAGUAGAUUCUGUGUGAUAUACUUGAAUGUUAAUUAGAAGGUGUGUUGUGUCUC